AUGAGCCCUUGCCACUCGUGCAUCCCUGGCGCGGAUGUGUUCGUGGUCCACGUCGCCGUGCCCGUGACCCGUGCCAUUUCCGGCUUGUUUGCCCUUGGCCUCCCACUUGAAGUUGUGCCGGGGAAGUGGUGCAUAGGCAAGGGCAAGCAUGGAGGCCAGAAAGCUGACCAAAGCAAGCUGAAAAUAGAGAGCUUCGAGAAGAAAGGCUCCUUCGGCCAGAUUUUCCGUGGGAGUUAUCGGAACACGCCAGUGGCCGUGAAGGCCAUGCGCCAUGCGGGCCGAGCCAGCUUGCAAGAGGCAGAGCUUUCCAUGUCCCUGACGCACCCCAACAUUGUCAAGACGCUCUUCUUCAAGGAGGCGGAUCAGCCCCUCACAGGGCCCGAGCUUUGGUUGGUGCAGGAGUGGUGCGACUUGGGCACCUGGGGCUCCCACUGCUGCGUGCCGCGCCUGGUCUCUGCCGGACUGCUGGAGGCGCUGGACAUGUGCCUGGACCUCGCGAACGCCGGGGCUUACCUGCAUAGCCGCGAUGUCUUGCACGGAGACUUGGCAGAUGGCAACGUCCUUCUUUGCAGUGACGCGUCUUGGAAGGGCUUUGUGUGCAAGGUCUGCGACUUCGGGUCUGCAGCGCAGAACCCGGUGCAGGCGUCCAGCUCGUCGAGCACGGUGACCUACCUGGCACCCGAGUGCCUGGAGCAGACGGAUGGCGUCCAUCUCCUGAAGCGCGACGUGUACUCCUUUGCCAUGCUUAUGUGGCAGGCGAUCCUUGGCCAGAGGCCAUUCAAAGGACUGCAGGCCGCGCAGCUGGUGAUCCUGCUUUCCCAAGGCGCCUGCCCGCAGCUACCGGGUGACCUCCCGGCAGCGGUGCUGCAGCUCUACAAAGGCUGUGUAGACCCAGAUCCCCAGAGGCGUCCUCAGUUCCACGGAGUGGUGAAGGACUUGCGCCCGGGCCAUAGCAUCGCCACCCGCUCUAUGGGCGUGUGUUUUCUGCGCCACUCUCUGACCCAAGCUCCAAAUCGCGGGGAAGCCCUGCAACUCUUAACGUGUACAAUUCCCAAGCACCUUCGCUUGUCCCUGAUCUUGGAACAAGCAGGUUAG